AUGAGAGGAGUACAGAGAGUUAAGAGCGAUCCCGGCCAUCCCAUGGCCGUUACAACCAGCCGCUACAGCGCUCGUGUACGAGACUUUUCGUUGAUCAGGCGGCCGCUGUGUAGUACUGCCGAGCGCUGGUCUUGCUCGCACGAAACUCGCAAGCCACCUCUGUGCUCAUGCAAAGCUAAUCGUUCUAAAGCCGAGGUACAGCAGAUGCACGCACGUGCGGGACGCCGAGUGCCAUGUGGUAGCGCCUCGGGCUGUACAGAGUCAGAGAAAGCGACACUUUUGUGGAAAUACUUCGAGCGCUACCUUCGGGCCAGUUCGCUGAGUCUGGAUCCCGCAGACCCGCCUCUUGCAACCGCAGUACAUGUCUUUCCCAUUGUCAGUUAUGUAAACGAACGUCCCCCUUUAGUUCACUUUCACGAAGAGAAGGCUCUCUCUCAGCACUUCAAGAGAGCAAAGACAUGUUGUUCCAACGCAGUCGAGGCCAUAGCCGCAACGACGAAAAACCUCGUCAUCCUCGGCUCCGAAAGCUGUGCCAGUCCAACGUGCUCAUCUACCUUGUUCUUUCUUCGAGCGUGUCACGACGGUUCUGUUUAUCGCGAGUCAAUCAACACUAUUGAGAAACCACUGUAUCCCCCGACGCUCUACGACGACGUUCUUGUUCUUCAGACUGUGGAGAAUGUGAUAGAUGCGUACGACCCGGGCAACUCGAUUGCAGCACUCCCGCGCGAAGGACUACUCCCUUCGCAACCAUUUCCGUGGGACACGUCAAAGGACGUAUACGCUUACCACGGGUAUCAUAGCUUGCAUAGUGUACAAGUUAUUUACCGAAUGCUACGCGAGCUUGCUGGCGAUGAGGCCAUCAAUGGGCACGCUCUCCAUUCACUUGUCGUGCUCUGGGAAGACGCGCUUUGUACAGUUGAUACAACGCCUCGAUCUGUCAACAGUGCAAUGCUACUAAACGACACUGCCGUGGCGGAAGCCGGACAGGUGCGGCAACAGGUGUGCCGCGACUGGUCUCGAGUUGAAAGAAUAGCUAGGGAGAACAGUGCAUGCUUCAAGGACCUAGGAGCUGCCAAAGCCCGUCAAAGCAACAUCGAAGAGUGGCUGCACUGUCCGAUAGACUCACCUUACCAGGAUAAGGUUAAUAAGUACCUCGCAGAUAGGAGAGGUGCUGUAUAA